AGGAGGAGACGAUUCCUUUACAGUCAGGAAAAAUAGGUGUACGUUGACCUUGGAGAAAAAGGAGUGUAAGAGAAACUGAAGGGGGAGGAAUGGAAACAUUUCAAGGACUGGGGAGGACUAAAGGUGUUGUAUGCCUAUGAAUAAUCUUUAGAGGUCUUGUCUUUUUCUCUUGCAGCAAAGCAGCAAGGAUGAGCUCCUCAGGAGGUGCACUUUCCACUCCUGCCGGAGCCAACGGCCCAACGACACCCAAGAAGGGACCACCCAAGUUCAAGCAGAGGACGACCCGUACCUUCAAGAGCAAAGCCCCCAGGCCCGGACAGAAGGGAUUUGGUGAUGACAUCCCAGGCAUGGAGGGUCUUGGCACAGACUUCACGGUGGUCUGCCCAUGGGAAGCCUUUGGAGACAUGGAGCUGAGCGACCUGGCCAAAUACGGCAUCAUCUAAACCUGACUGCCUCGCCUUCCACCCAAGCCCCGCCUUUGACCACGCCCCGCUGUAUAGACCGGCCCAGCCCGCUUCUCUUGCCCUCCAACAGCCCCCCAGCGCUCUCCUGCCCUCCUCAUCCUCCUUCUCCAUCUCCAUCUCCAUCUUCUUCUCCUUCUCUUCUUUCGCGAUCUUUGCAUCAUGUGUGCAGCUGGCACACCCAUGCGGCGCGGCUUGAAGAGCACCAGCUCCCGCCGCCCACAGACUGUUUAACAGCACA